UGUUUGUUUGUUUGUUUUUUUGAUGAAACGGACGCUGUUUAUCAACAUGGCCAGUUCGAGUAAAGCGACUUUAAUCUUGCUCGUCUACGGAAUCUUAAUGCACUACAGCGUCUUCUGCACACCUAUCGGACUAAGUUACCCUAAGAUUAGACUUGAAAACGACGCCUUCGAUGAGGAUGGGAAUGCAUUAUCCGACAUGGGUUUUGAUAGCGAUCAGAUUGCUAUACGAAGCCCGCCAUCCUUAAACGACGACGCGUACACUCUCUACUACCCACCAGAGAAAAGAUCAGAAAGGCAUGCUGAGGAAGAAUUAGAUAGAGCCUUGAGGGAGAUCCUGGGUCAGUUAACAGCGAGACAUUAUCUGCAUUCUCUGAUGACAAUUCGUGCAGGUGAUGACAACAGCAUGGAGGAAGAGUCAGAGCCCUUAUCCAAAAGACAUUCAGAUGGGAUCUUCACCGACAGCUACAGUCGCUAUAGAAAGCAGAUGGCCGUGCAGAAAUACCUGGCAGCGGUUCUAAGAAGGUACAGACAGAGAGUUAGGAACAAAGGACGCCGACUUGCCUAUUUGUAGCGUUGUUAAAGCGCCCAAACUGCCCUCCUGUGUAUAUACAUCCAGUCGUUAAAUCAUUCAGAUAUAUCUGACCAACCAGUGGAUUGCGCCUGUGUUCUUUCAACAUGUAUUUAUGUAUGAAGUAAAGCCAUUAAAAUGAAUAUUUUAAUAAUAAUAUCGUUUUUUUUUCUUUUUGUACAAAAGCACUUGAUAACGCACAGUUAUACUUUGUGGACCAAUAUUUUAUUUUCAUGUUAAGAUGUUGAAAACAAAACAAAAUGACUUAAAAAAAAGAAGAAGAAGAAGAAAUUAGAAAAAAAAAGAUAAUUGUGCACCUUCAACAUUAUGCGCUUGAAAUCUCUAAAGGUCAUCUACAUAUGCAGAAAAUAAAUAGAUUUUAAAAAGACAAUCAAAGUAUUGAAUGUUAUACUUAUUUUUGUAACCAACGUUCUAUUUUUUUAGUGUUGUUUGUUUUCCAAACAGGCCCAAAGAAGCAGUGAGCAUGCUAUGUGAGGCAUAUCCGGCUUAUCCUAAAUGAUAGAUGUUGCCCUUGUGCACCUCCUCCUCGCUCCCUUAAUGGGAGCUCUGUGGGUUUGUACAGCUUGCUGCCCCUCCAGGGGAAUUCACAUGGCUUUUGUUGAACAGCCUCUCAUUUGAUGGAAAAACUGAUUGACUUACACCCACUUAUGUAACUGGUGGUAAAAAUCCGACCCUCUUUUAAGCAGAAAUUUAAUUGCAGGCUUUUGCAAGGGCAUUACCACCUUUACUAAAGAUAAAGGAAGCACUCAAGUUGCUGUUGCAGCAAACACUGCUUGCUCACUUGCCUCAAAGUCAUUUACAGUAGGGAGAUAAAUCAUGCUCACUAGGACUGUGUAAAGAAUGUUCCAUCUGUGUGUAUUAUGUAUAGUAUAGAAAUUACACAGUGCACAUAUUCACCUUAAUGUUGUCAGUCAACAGAAUUAUUUGGAAGAAUGUGCUUCAACUGUUGAUUGUAUUUGGGCAGAAACACUCAGAAAGGACCCAGAUCAUGUAGAGAUGCAGGGAACGAAGCAUUGGAGAGGAAAGGUAGCAGAAAUAUUUUAACUCUUAUUUCUUAUUUAAUGGUGCAUGUGGACACCUUGCUAAUUUUUGCUGCAUGCUAUCAUGCUUUUUUUGGAUUGUGCUAUUUGGGAGGUGCUAAGCCUAUUUCAGCACCGCCCUCCCCCUUCAGAUGUGUUGGAAAUAUGAACAAGGAGGGCUAGAGGUGGUGGAAACUGGUACUGCACUGACUUGUUGAAUUGUUACCUCCCCUGCUGCUGUCAUUGUGGAUAUCAUAAGACAAGACACUGGACCCCUUUUUGCUGAUUGAAAAAAAGAAGAAGAUUCUUUUUGCUUCUAGAUAGCCGUGCUAAAUAGUUGAUUUGACAGUGCUGUGGUUCAUUGUUAAGAAGAAGCUGAUCUGUGUUAGAUGUCUACUGAGGUUUGUGCAGUGAGGAUGUGAUAAAGACAUGAGGAGAGUGUUAGGUGAGGGAGAGGUGUGCAUGUAGAGGAGGAGAGAGCAGGAGACAAAGAGAUAAUGUGUGUGUGUGAGAGAGAGAAAACAAAGUUACAUAAGGUUGCAGCGCCACAAGCCUGAGAGAGAUUGUCGCACCUGGAAACAAGAGGCGAGAGAGAGAGAGAGAGAGAGCGCCGCCGCCUCUCUUCACCCUCCAAAGUGACAUCAGGGUCAAUGAGUCUGAUAGAAAAUAUCAGAUGUUGAAUUCCCUUCACUUUGGUCUCAGCAGAAGGAUGUGAGUGAAGCUGGACGCGGCCACUCUGAGAUUCCCUGAAUGAAAUUCAGCCUCCAGCAGAGAGGGAUGUUCCCACUGACUUUCAUUAGAGAUAUGUAUUUAUUCAAUAUUAUGCAAAAGCAGCUUUAUGCAUCCCUGCAAUCCAAUCAGUGGCCUGUGUUCCCCCGUAGAAACUAUCAAUACUCUCCUUCAAUUUGGCUUUAUCCUACAGGCUUCUGUGUGAAUGUGUGUGUGUGUGUGUGGAUGUAGAUGUUUGCAUAUCUGGUGCGCAUUCAUGUUUAUGUGUGAGUGCAUUUCAUGUUUGUUUGUGUGAACGAGUGACUGAGCGCGCAUGUGGAGGUGGAAACAGCUUUUGGCUUUGGUGCCUUGCUUCGACGUGAGAAAAAAAAAUGAAUUAAAAAAAUUCGCCACAAGUGACAGAUGGCAAUUUUAGUGGCCCUACAAUGCUGCAGUCCAUUAGCUUACAUUGAAACUUCCUUUUACUCUGUUUUAAUCGCUCAGCUUAGUCUGCCCCAAGAGUAGUAGAAUUAGGCUUUCUUUUAAAGCAUGGCCAAUGAUUUAUAGAGUAUAAAAAUAACAAAAAAAAGAAAAGAUUGUAUAUGUUGAUGGAGCAGGCAAUGUGUGUGUGUUUGUGUGUGUGUGUGUGCAUGAGUUUGGGGUGUUCAGUGUCUGUGAGAGUUGUGAACAAUGACCAGUGUUUGUUCCUGUUGAUUAUGAGGUGUUGUUGAUUAUUUUGAUAUUGGUCAGUAAUCUAUUAAUCAGAAAAUAGCCCCGACAUCUUAUUUACAACUAUGUGCAUCACUAUUUAGAUUAAAAGGGUUUCAGAACAUGACAGAGAUGUUGUUGAGAUCAUAGAAAAUGCCUGUUGUUGAUAUUUCUGAAAGCGCCAAACGCCUUACUUCAAUGUUUAAUCUCUUAUCUAUCUGAAAACAAUGUGUUUUAAAAGUGAACCUUAGUACAAGUGACAUCGUUAUACACACAGGAGUCCUUAUAUGGGGUUUUACGUUUCUCAAUGUUAUGAAAGUGUUGUAAGAUUUGUAUGAAUAAAUUUUUGUAAACAACAA